AUGGACCGUAUUGCGAACGCUAAUAAUAAACCUACUUUAAAAGGCGGAGAUUCUCUGGAAGAAGUAGCCGAAACGAACUCGUUCCUAGCCGAAGAUAUAAGCAAAAGUCUGGAUAAAGUAUCCAUUAAGCAGGAGAAAUGUACAAGAGAUCCACCACAAAGCAAACCUGCGAAUCCUUCCUGCGAUCCACCGAAGGAAAACGGCGAGAACGAGAACGAAAUCCUCGAGUCGAUUUCCCAAGAUCGCCCCCCAAAGUUCGCCAACAUAACCAACACAGAGAAAUUCCGCAAAGCCGAUCAAAAACUAAAGGCUAAAAUGCUAUACAAUUACCACACGUAUCUCGCUGAAAGGAGGCGCAAAUCGACGAAAAACUCGUACAAUCUGGCCCCCUUGCCCCGGCCCAUACCCAUACCCCUGGGCGACCCCGAAGACAAAUCCAACAGCGACUCCGAUCAGCCCCGGGACAUUUACACGAGCAAGUCCGGGCGACAAACGGUCAGGAAACAAUACACCGAUCUAAGCGUGACAGGCGAAGGGGACUCGGAGGAGGAAUGGUCGAGGAAGUCCACGCGCCAAUGUAAAAACAAAACCCCUUCGAAACCCGAUAAAGAGAAAGUUAACGAAGUCGCUGCGAGCAGCAGCAACACUCCCAAAUCGAAGGCUCUAAGCAACAAAGAAAUCAUCAGUAAAUCGUCGUUGUUCUCCGACGAGUCGCUCGUAACUAAAAGAAGCCCUUUCAAGAAAAAACAGGAAGCUCCUGCUGUGAAAAGUACCAAUGAAGUACCCGAGAGUACGACGACCAACGACAAAAGGUGGUUAAGCAGGAGCAAUUCGAACAUUCCAAACAAACGCCUUAGGACUGGCAAUUCCAAGGAUGCAGGAAACGAGGUGGCCCCUUCGCAAAGGCAGAAGAAAAAGCUCGAUGAAAUUAAUUGCCCGAUCUGUAACAAUUGUUUCUCAACGGACGAAAUUCAGGAGCACGCUUCGACUUGCGGAGAAUGA